GAUUUAUAGCAUGUUUAUUUUACUGAACGUUGCACAUUUUCCUUUUGAAUGCAGCCCAGGUGUUACGUCAACAAUGUCCUCUGACCUUUCUGUGACCCUGACAGGCAUGAGAAGAGAACGGUGAGAAUGAGUCAGGAUUUCUGGGAGUACCAGGUCAAUGGGAACGUCAGCGCAGGGCCCAUCUCUGACAACUACAUCUUCAGUGCCAACGGCUCGGCUGUGAGGGCGUACAAGGCCGUCAAAAUGGAGAUUGUCCCUGGGAAGAUCGUCACGGAGAUCAGACAGUACUUCUACAGAGAGGAAGCAGAUGAGGACUACGCCUACUCUGUCACCACCAGAAUACCACAGAGUUUCCCCAGCGGCGGGCUGUGUUACAGGAUGGAGCAGAGCUACUCGCUGGGCCCCCUGGUGGUCAACACCGAGGCUGUCCUCAGGAUCAAGACCAGCCUGAAGAACAACAGGACUCUGUUCACCGACGACAACGGGUACCAGAUGAUGAAGAGGCCUUCCAGGACGUUCGUCAAUGAUACUGUUGCCAGAAACUACUACCCCAUGGUUCGAAUGGCCUACAUUGAAGAUGACUCUAGCAGACUGGUCCUCCUCAGUGAGAGAGCUCAUGGUGCAUCCAGCCAGAGUGAGGGAGAGCUGGAGGUGAUGCUCCACCGACGUCUGUGGAACAACCAGGAGUGGACUCUGGGUUAUAACCUGACCCUGAACGACAGCUCGGUGGUGAGGCCUGUCCUAUGGAUGACACUGGGCUCCCUGGCUGCUACCUCUCUCUACCAGAGGGAGGCGCUAGAACUGCAGCACCGACCUGUGGUCAUGCCCAUCGACAGGCCACAGAAGGCCUGGAGGAAGGAGCCUCGGACCGGAUCUCCGAUUCGCCCGUGGUCCUGCCUGACAACCUCCACCUGCUGACGCUUAGUGUCC